AUGAGCGGCAUGCAGCGAUUCCUCCGACUAAAUGCGGCCGCAGCCGAAGCUGCGAUGAAGCCGCAGCUCGUGGACGGCAAGUGGAAGCAGCCGCUGCUCUCUGGACGGAAGGUGGCGAUGGUGAAGAAGCACGCAAGUCGUAACGGGCUUUUAGGGACGUGGGAGGAAGGCCGAGGCGGCUGGCUCGAGACGUGGGAUCGGCCACAGAAGCACCACGUCAUGCGGCCACUGAAGGGCCACAAGAACCAGCGCAAUGAGUUUGAUCGUGUCAAGAAGGUGCAGGCAGCUCUGGCAGCCAUGCCUGGCAAGUUUGCCGACCACAAGAAGGCGGUCAAGCAGUCGAAGCCGCAAAAGGGGCUGGAAAAAUGGCUCAAUGAGAAGGACCCGUACUAG